UAUACAUGCCUUAAUUAUCCAAGUAAAUUCAAUAUGGACUUGUUGCAGCUUUUGCGUAAGAGUUUUAUAUCUAUAAAUAGAGUUGGAUUGGGUACACUCAAAGUUGCUUAACGACCUUUUGAAACAUGCAUUGGAUAUGUUCUCUCUUUGGGAUCUAUUGUGUAUUUCAUUUCUCUAUUCAAGUAUCUUAUUAGGUUGGGAUAAAUUACCAUUUAAUUAAACUAAUUCCACAGAUGCUGAAGGAUUAACUAAAGAUGAAUUAUAUGAAAGAAGAAGAUUAUUAAAAGAAGAAAAGAAACGAUUAAAAUAAAUUGAAGCUAAAGAAUUGAAAUAAUAAUAAUAAAGAUCACCAUCUUCUGAAUCUCCAGAUAAAAAAUCCCCAGAAAGAGCUUCAUCUCCUUCAGAAAGUGAAGGAGAAAAAAAAAAAGUUUAGGAAUCCAAAAAUAAUUCAAAAUAAUAAUAAUAAUAAUCUAAUGUUAAUACUUAAUAAAACAAAAAAAAUAAUAAGCAACAAUAACAAUAAUAAUAAUAAUAAUAAUAAUAGAACACAAAAUAAUAGACUAAAGAAAAAGGAAAAUAAACAUAAGAAAAAUAAAAACCCUAACCUGUUGAAGAUGAUGAUGAAGGAUGGGAAGAAGUUUAUGAUCCAAGAUAAAAUAAAAAAGCUAAUUUAUAGAAAUAAUAAUAAUAAUAAUAAGCUGAAGCUAAAGCUGCUACUGCUGCCAAAAUUGCUGAAGAAGCAAGAAUAGCUGCAGAACUUGCUGCUAAAGCUGCUGAAGAAGCUGCAUAAGCUGUCAAAUAAUCAAAAGGGUACUUUAUUUAUUUAUAUCUCUUUAUAGAUCUAAAGGUAAAAAUACUAAUUCUAAGUAACAAAAAUAAGAAGAAUAAGAUGAUGGAGAGUAAUUAUUAUUAUUAAUUAUAUUCUUAGUGAUGAUGGCUGGGUUAAAGUUGAUUCACAAAAUAAAAAAUAAAAGGGAGGAAAAAAAAACAAAUGAGCUGUU